AAAUCCCAAAACUCAUCUGAUUUUCAAGUCUUAUUGAGAUCCUUAAAUUGGAUUUAAACAACUACUCCAUUAUGGGGUUCAGGACUUGAAACUGAGCUCCAUUAACAACUCCCAUGCCAUUGACUUGGGUUCCAAAUUAACAUACCUCUUUCUUAACAUAUAGAGCUAACCUUAUUUAUAUAUACUCACUUUGUCAUCCUGAAAGGACGGCCUAACCUUCGGAGGCAAACCCCUUUUCAGGAAGCAAAUAAUGUCCUUUGAUUUAAGUGAACUUUGUUCUUUGAACUAGUUUUGCGUUCAACUUCAAGAAAUUGCUUCACAGCUUGAGCUUUUCUGUUGCAAUAAUUAAUCCUUUUUAGUUUCUCCAAGUUCAGUUCGACUUCAAGGCUUGGAAACAAAGAGAAAUAUGGAUGAGAAGAAUGAUAUGGACAAGAUUGAUGAUGUUAUGUUGCCCGGUUUUCGCUUCCAUCCAACGGAUGAAGAGCUUGUUGGAUUCUAUCUCAAGAGGAAGAUUCAGCAGAGAUCUCUGCCCAUUGAGCUUAUCAAACAAGUUGACAUAUAUAAAUAUGAUCCCUGGGAUCUUCCAAAGCUGGCGAGUACUGGGGAGAAAGAAUGGUAUUUCUACUGUCCAAGAGACCGAAAAUACAGAAACAGCGCGAGGCCUAACCGGGUUACAGGAGCUGGAUUUUGGAAGGCGACAGGAACUGAUAGGCCUAUUUACUCCUCUGAUGGCAUUAAAUGUAUUGGCUUGAAGAAGUCUUUAGUGUUUUAUAGAGGUAGAGCUGCCAAAGGGAUCAAAACUGACUGGAUGAUGCACGAGUUUCGCCUUCCUUCUCUAGUAGAUUCAGCGCCACCGAAGAAGCCCUUGGACAAAAACAUUCCUGCAAAUGAUGCCUGGGCAAUCUGUAGGAUAUUCAAGAAAGCGAAUACCAUGGCGCAGAGAGCUCUGUCUCACUCUUGGGUCUCAACAUUACCAGAAAAUACAGCAUCAGAUAUACUAAACCAAGGACCACACUGCACUCAUUUGAGUCCAGAGAAUGUUUCCUGCACAACCGAAAUCGGUUCAGUCAUUCAAUUAUCUGGAAAUACUGACUUACAACAAGCCACUUCUGCGAGUUUCUCUGCGUUCGACAUUCCCUCAUAUAAACCCCUUAAUCCUUCCUUCUAUAAACCAUCUCUAUUUCCAGCUUCCAGUGGAGACAUUCCCAACCACUUUAUGUUUUCGCCACCCGAAAUCUCAGGUCCUGCCAAGUGUACAGUUGAUGCUUCUUCCAUGCUCCUGAACCCUGCAUUACUCAGUGAUGUUAGUAAAGGAUCUGAGAAUAUAGACUUUGAAGGGUCACAGCAGCAAGUAAAGGGAUUUUCAAUCAGUAUGCCCCAAGAGAUGCAAGGUUGUAUGAUUCCUGGAGAAGAUGAGUCAGGCUCAAGAAGAAACAUAAAUGGAACACAAGAAAAUAGCCAGUGGGGAAGUAUCAGAUCAAUUGGAUUUCCCUUCAGUUUGCCUUCGAAUUUGCCGGAGGCCUGGAAGCCGAAUUUGCCGGAGGCGUGGAAGCCGAAUUUGCCAUGGGAUUCACCACCCUGUCCUAGUGAGAUGUCAACUACAUAUUCCACAAACAAUUGCUACACUUAAAAUGUAAUUAGUUAGCAUACAGAAGAAGUACUUGCCCUCUAGUUCUAGCAUCAGUGACUAAGCUGGAAGUAUCAGAAACAUAUCUUAUUUUGCAAUGCAAUGCUAUUGUAAAGUUUUCAUGUAUUCCAUUUAUACAUUUUAGGGUAAUUCUACAAGUUGUUUUGUAAUUCAGAAGAUCAAGAUAAAAUGAACUAAAAAAAUUGUAAAUUGCUGUAACAGCAGUCCCCUUUUUAGCCAUUUGCCAUGUACCAGCCCUUUUAACAGAUCUAUGAAACAAUGAAAUCGUGUUGUAAACUUGAAGA